AUCAUGCCUUGCAGAGAUCCUCAAAAUGAAAUGUCGCGAUAUAGCUGGGAGUAUGCAUGGAUUGUCGCGCCCUGACUUGUGGAUAGGGCGUAGAGCCAUAAUGAUUAACCUUCGUGACAGCCCCGAUGCCGAUACAUAGAGCCAAAAUGACAGAUUUCCGUGACAGCGCCGAUGCAAAUAUGUAGAGCCAAAAUGGCUCCCAUUUGCUUCCCAGUGUGUUUCGCAUUGUUGAUACCGGUGGCCGCCACCUAUCUUAGCCCCUGACUGUAUAUCCCACUAAGCUGCAGAUGGUAACUUGAUCCGGAGAGAUGGAGAAAUUUGUUGUAAAGCUACCAAAAGGAGAGGUGAAAAAGGAAAGCAAGCCUGAAGGCAAAAUAUACAGGCAAUGGUCGUAAUAGAGGACAUUGAGAGGUUUAAGUCAGUGCUGGAGCUGCCUGGACAGACCAUAGAAAAUAUAAUGACGGCCCUAAAGGAGCUCGGCAAAAAGAUCCCGUCCAAAGAGGUACUCAGAUCCACUAAAAUAGGUCACACGGUUAAUAAAAUGCGCAAGCACACAGAUACAGAUGUAAGGCGGCUUGCUGGGCAGGUUUACACCCUGUGGAGGAGCAGCAUUGAGGAAAACGCCAGCAGACCCUCCAUCGAGGUGCGGUGUGACCGGCAGUCCGAGAGCCUGAGGCAGAACGCCCGGAAGCUCUUAGCAGAAGCCAUGGGCCUGGAGAAAGAUCAUGUCCUCGUCGAGAACAUCGAGAGGGAGGUCUUCCACCAAAGCUCUCGCCUGGUUAGCGGCUCAUACAGACGGACGAUCCGCACCCUGGUCUUCUCGCUGAAGCACAAACCCGAAAUCUGUGUGCAAGUGAAGGACAGUAAGGUGCCGGUCGGCGAGCUGGUCCUCAAGCACAAGAAGUGAGCAGGGCGUCCGAACCAGGGAGGGGGUGGCCUUGCUGAGAAUCUGCGACAGACAUUUCUACUUCGCAGUUUGUAAUUCUACCUCUGUACCAUUUUUAAGGUGUCAGUUAUUGUGAUUUUGUUUUACUGUAAUUUGUUUUUUACAUUAAAGUUUUCUUCUCAUGAAA